CUACUCUGCCAAAGCGGGAGAGGGAUUAAAACAAACUGUGAGGAAGCCUUGCAUUUGUUAGGAGCCUAACAAACUUUGUAGCAGUCACCCUGUGCUGCCUGUCUGCUUAAAGUGGAGACGAAAAACGCUGAAAAACAGUUUGUCAUCGCUAUGGACGGAGGGCCAGUAGAUGGCGUAGGUGUGGUUGAAGUCCCCUCCAUCCAGGAUGUUCACAGCCAAGAGGCCAUGGUGGCUGACCUUCUUCAGCAGGCGGCUGAAGCUGGUGGAGUGGUGCAGGGACAGGCUGGGGUUGUCCUUGAUCAAGUGGGAGCUGCACAGGCUCAACAUCAGCUGAUGGAGGCUGGGGGGGGUGGUUGGGGUGGCUGGAAAAGGGGGGGUGGGGUUGAGAUGAUGGUUAUGGACUCACUGGAUCCCACCCUGCUGCAGAUGAAAACUGAGGUGAUGGACGCUGCAGUGGGACCACCAACAACAGCUGUGGGCGUCGUCGGAGGGGUGCCAGGUACCGCUCACCAGGCCACUGUAACAACAGUGGACCAGACUCAGAUCAUCACACUGCAGGUUGUAAACAUGGAGGAGCAGGCAGCUCUGGGUCUGGGGGAGCUCCAGUUGGUCCAGGUGCCGGUUUCUGCCACCACAGUGGAGGCUCUGCAGCAAGGCACUUAUGUUGACACCACUGCAAUGUCAAAGGACGGCGACCCAGUCAUCUGCCACACACUGCCACUACCUGAGGGCUUUCAGGUUGUUAAAGUUGGUGCUAAUGGUGAAGUGGAGACGGUGGAGCAGGAAGAGGAUGGAGCAGAAGUCCAGCCUGAUGAGGAGGAUGAAGAUGAGGAGGUCGGGAGCCAACUCAUGGACGAAGGUGAAGACAUUCCUAUCCACACUCGAAAUGAGGAUUCAAGCUGGUCUAAAGACCCAGAUUAUCAUCCUCCAACUGGAGCAGUCAGGAAAAUCAAAAAGGGUAAAAAGAGUCGCCUGCGUUACGCUGACGGAGAUAAGGACAUGGACGUCAGCGUCUAUGACUUUGAAGAAGAGCAGCAGGAAGGCCUUCUGUCUGAGGUCAAUGCUGAGAAGGUGGUGGGCAACAUGAAACCCCCCAAACCAACCAAGAUCAAGAAAAAAGGUGUGAAGAAGACUUUUCAGUGUGAACUGUGCAGCUACACCUGCCCUCGUCGCUCCAACCUGGACAGACACAUGAAGAGCCACACGGACGAGAGACCCCACAAAUGUCACUUGUGUGGAAGAGCCUUCAGGACGGUCACUCUGCUGAGGAACCACCUGAACACACACACAGGAACUCGUCCACACAAGUGCACCGACUGUGACAUGGCUUUCGUGACGAGCGGGGAGCUGGUCCGCCACCGCCGCUACAAACACACACACGAGAAACCCUUCAAAUGCUCCAUGUGUGACUAUUGCAGUGUGGAGGUGAGCAAACUGAAGCGUCACAUCCGAUCCCACACCGGCGAGCGUCCGUUCCAGUGCAGCCUUUGCAGCUACGCCAGCAGAGACACGUACAAGCUGAAGAGACACAUGAGGACACACUCAGGAGAGAAACCGUACGAGUGUUACAUCUGCCACGCACGCUUCACCCAGAGUGGGACCAUGAAGAUGCACAUCCUGCAGAAACACACAGAGAAUGUGGCCAAAUUCCACUGUCCACACUGUGACACAGUGAUUGCACGCAAGAGUGACCUGGGUGUCCACCUUCGAAAACAGCAUUCUUUCAUUGAGACGGGAAAAAAGUGUCGCUACUGCGACGCCGUUUUCCACGAGCGCUACGCUCUCAUCCAGCAUCAGAAGUCCCACAGGAACGAGAAGCGCUUCAAAUGUGAACUGUGUGACUACUGCUGUCGUCAGGAGCGCCACAUGGUGAUGCAUCGCAGAACUCACACUGGAGAGAAACCGUUCGCCUGCAGCCAGUGUGACAAGACCUUCAGACAAAAGCAGCUGCUGGACAUGCACUUCAAACGCUACCACGACCCCAGCUUCAUACCCAACACCUUUCUCUGCCCCAAGUGCAACAAGACCUUCACCCGCAGAAACACCAUGGCUCGUCACGCUGAGAACUGCAACGGUGACGAGGAGGAAGAUGAAAACGGAGCUCUGACCCCAAAAAAAGGGAAAAGAGGAAGAAAGAGGAAGAUGAGGAGCAAGAGAGAUGAUGAUGAUGAUGAUGAUGACAGCGAGGAGGAUCAAGUUGAACCUGAUGAAGAAGACGAGGACGAUGUUGAUGAAGAAACAUCGCUGCUACAGGAUGAAGAGGAGCAAGAGGGCAUGGAACUUGAUCAGGCGCCAGCCAUCAUCCCUGUGCCAGCCCCCGAAGAGCCGCCAGUCAAAAGGAAACGAGGCAGACCACCAAAGAACGCCCCUAAACCCCAGACAGCCAGCAACAAUGUGAAGGUCAAGACGACGGCUCCUGCUGCUGCCAUCAUCCAGGUGGAGGACGAGAGCACAGGAGCAGUGGAGAACAUCGUUGUGAAGAAGGAGAAUUGUGAGCCAGAAGCUGAGGCGGCUCUGACGACGGAGGGGGCGGAGCUGAACAGUCAAGGGGUGGAGACCGUUGAUGUGCCUGUACACGAAGGAACCACAGCAGCAGCUGCUGCCGCGGCCAACGGUGAUCUGACGCCAGAGAUGAUCCUGAGCAUGAUGGACCGGUGAACGCAGCAGUGCAGACAGAGGACACAAAUGUAGCCAAGUCCUGUCUAAAGCUAACGUUUCUACAUCCAGGCGUUCACCUGAUGUUGUUCUUUAUGAGCUUUUUCACUGCAGCCGUUGGAGCAGCUGCCUUUGACAAACACAUCAUGCACAGAGAAAGAAGUUGCAUGGUAAUCAUCGCCGUCAGACACAGAUAAUAGCUAUAAUAACUGUCUGUUCACCACUGUUUUCUGAUCGUAACACACACUUCAUGUGUUCACACCCACUUCCUGUCCCAGUUCUUACUCACACCCUGAGAUAUGGUAUAAGAAUUGUUGCAAAAACAAACUUUCGACAUCUUUGGGACUAUGCUAAUUUAGCGAUUGAAGGCUUUGUUUUUCUUUGUAAAUAGAUAUAUUUUUUCCAAAUGAAGACAUAGUUUGUGAUAAUUUAAGUUGCCUCUAAAAUUCAUUUUUCUUCUUUUUUUUUUUUUUGACUUUUUUUUUUUUUUUUUGACUUUUUUUU